AAGGACUUGCAAGCAUAUUCUGCGAGCUAAGCAUAUUUAGGGUGCAGAAUGUAAGUCUAAGGGAAAACAAAAAAGCUGUUCUCUUUUGAAGCAGCAGGACAUUAGUGGGCAGAAAUCAAGGAAAAUUUGAGCUCAAUAUUAGGAGUAACUUCCUAAAAUUAAACACACAACUUGCUCCAUUGGAGAUUUUGAAACAGAGGCUCAGCUGGAUAAUCAUAUAUUGGGGAUGACUUACCAAAUUUCUCCAUUUAGUUUGGACUAGAACAAUGUUUCUCAACCUUGGAAACUGCUGGUUGGGGAAUUCUGGGAGUUGAAGUUCACACAUCUUAAAGGCGCCAAGACUGAGAGGCACCGGACUAGAGGAUACGUAAGAUUUCUAGCAAGAAACUUCCCAGUAGCAAUGCUUCGGAAUGGAACCAAAGGGGAACUCAAUCCUCAAAAAAGAACCCUUUUAGAAAGAGUCAGAAUCUGUAGGUUCAUCUCCUUCUGCUACCAAAGGAUAUUUAAUCACAUACAAAUAUAUCCACCAGGAUACUUGACCUCUGAUCUCUUAUGGAUGAGCUGCCUUAGUUUUGGUAUAGUAUGAAAUUCUUCCACAAUGAUUACAGCUACCUGCAAGGCUGGAACUGAUUUCACCUUUGACGUCCACAUGGGUGUGCCACUGGAUACUAUUUUAAGCUUCACAUGCCAACAGUUCUGCUGCAGAAGUAAUUGUGGAUAGCAGAUCGUAACAACAGCUACAUAGAGACAAUAGAAAUGGAUUCCAAAUCUUCAAGACCAACGCCUGGAUGCCCAGCACCUGAAGACACUCCUUCAGGACUGGCCAUUUUAAAAACAAUACCAUAUGCUUUAAUCUUGCCAGAGCUGAUCUUUGGUUGCUGGGUUUGGAUCCUUGUAGCAGCCACCAAUGUAUAUUUCCCUUUGCUGCAAGGAUGGGUCAUGUACGUCUCGGUCAGCUCCUUUGUCAUCUCCUUCCUGCUCCUCCUGAGUUAUCUGUUUGGCUUCCAUAAAAACUUUGAAUCCUGGAAAAUUCUGGAUAGCCUUUACCAUGGAGCCACAGGCAUUUUUUACUUGAGUGCUGCUGUGUUGCAGGCAAAUGCAACAAUCCGUUCAGAGACUGAAGUGCCAACAGUACAUAUCCCUCGCUACUAUCAGCUCAAUACUGCAGCCACAUUCUUUGCGUUUAUCACUACCCUGCUGUAUAUUUUGCAUGCCUUCAGCAACUACUACCACUGAAAUGACAUGAGCUGGAGUUUGUACACCCAGACAAACAGUUAACAUUUAAGAAGAUAAUUCAACUGCAACUGAAUUCACCCAUCAGCUGGGGCCAUCACACAUGUGUUUGCUAAAACCUGUAUUUUAGCAUGCUACUGAGUUCUGUAUGUAAAACUACUCCAAUUACUGUAAUGUGAUUCCUGAUUUCUCAUGCCUGUAAUUAUCCCAAAUCACUAUUUUUCCCCCUCAGAUCAAAGCCUCCAUAAAUAAUGUACAUAAAAUAGGGGGGAUUUUUGAACUUUCUGUCUUCAGUGAACUAUCUUCACAUUUCCUCUUCUGUGAAGGAAUUCUUGUUGGUUUGCUAUGGAAUCUUGCACAUAGUCAAAGAUUCUGGGUCAUAUUCUGAGGUGGUCAGUUUCUGGUUGACACGAACCAUAAAUGAAAUAGUGUAUAGCAGUGUUUCUCAACUUCAAAGUUGAAGUCCACGCAAUCUUCAAGCUGCCAAGACUGAGAAACACUGCUGUAUAGUAUAUAUUAUAAUGCUACAUGACUCAGUGUGUGUGUCUUAAAAUUCAUCAUCCAAUCUCUUGCAAGUCACAGGAAAGGUUGUGUAGUGGUUGGCAACCCUGGAAAUUGUGUCUGUUUUCUAAUUGGUAAAGCUUCCAGAGAAUUUCGGAUUCCUCUGCAACACUGCUUGAAAACUAUUUCCCAUUUGGAUGCAACAAAUUAAUAUUUAGGCUACAGCAAAUAAUCUGUUGCCUCCAAAUGGCCUGGGAAAUAAUUACCAAGAUGUCUGGGAAGAGAAAUUCACACACAUUAUGGUAGCUGUGAUAUAAAUGAUUUUUAUCUCAUUAACUUUAUGUGUGAUUUCUAUCUUAAGUAAGUACAAAGCUAAAAUGGCAACAUAAUACAAAAAACCAUCUGUUUACCUACCUGUGUGUGUGUUCGCGUGCGCGCGCGCACGCGCGCACACACACACACACACACACACACACACAAAGCAAGAUUCCUCCUGUGAACUGAAGAACACUCGUCCUGAUGUUAACUAAAUCUGAAAAUGCUGUACAAAUAGUAUCCCUUUUGGUAAUGUUGAUAUAUGUAAAAGUAUUCUGCUCUUUGUUAUUACAGUAUAUUGAAUGUUUGUUUUGAUGUAGAAACAUGAAGUAACUUAUUGGUAAACUUGUGUUUUUUAGUUCUGUUUUAUAAUUGAUGUUUCAGUUAACCAUCUUUUGCCAAUGAAUAUAACUGACUUUCUCCCUUUUCUCAACUCAUGUGAGUGUUUAAAUUGCUGCUUUGUGAGUGAGGUUGUGACAUUGCAGAUGCAAAAAAAUGUAUUAAUUUAGCGCAUAAUUUUAUCAACAAUUUUAGGCAUCUUUAAACUAUUAUGUGUGUGACUGUUAGUCACUACAGCAUAUAUAGGCCAUAAUUUAUUUUUAAAUUCACCCAUCUUUCUCUGAACUCAAAGUAGCAGUGCCCAUAGUGGCUUCCAGCUUCUGUCAGAAGGAUAAAACAGCACUGGGCCACAAACUCUACUCCUUUGAGGUAUAUGAUGAUGUGUUGGGGAUGUGACUUGUUUUGCAAUGUGUCAAGAUGCUGCUGACUUAAGUUGGAACCCUCUUGGACCCAUCUGCUGGUGCCACUGCUUCAAAAACCUUGCUACUCCCUUACAAGUAAGGCUAACACCAAUCUUGAGAGGUACUACAUGGCCCUUCUAUUUAGUUUGAUAGUGCAGUCAAAGUCUUCAUUUCAAUUUGGGCUUCCUUCUUUUCAUGGGAUUUGUUUAUCAAGCACACCAAGACAAAACAUUUAUGCCCAGGGCUUUUUUUGUCACCUCAGAAUUAUUUGGAAGUAUUCUUGUUUUCAUAAUUGCAACAGCUUAAAUCCCAUGGAGUUGGGAUGUGGAGGUAAUUUUAAUUCAUUACCCUUCAAAACAAAAGGGCACAAACCUCAGUUCAGUCCAUAUAUACCAGGGGUCCCAAACCCCAGGGCUGCAGCCCAGUAGUGGGCUGCAACUUGUUCAAAACUGGAGCGCAAGAGCGAUGGGGAAGCGUGCUUAUGCAAAGCUCCACACGGGUGAGUGGAGGACCCUUGCACUCGCACAUGGAGCUCCACUGGUGCGAGUGGAGAGUGUUCACGUGCAAAGCUCCAUUCUCACAAAUGGAGCUUCACGCAUGAGCACCGUCCACUCAUAUGAAUGAGGUUCGUGUGUGAGCACAAGCUCCCUCUGCUCAAGCACCCUCCUCUCGCGUGAGUGGAGCUACAUGCAAGUGCCUGCUGCUCGCACCAACAGAGCCACCAAGGUGGAAAGGUUGAGAACCACUGAUAUACACUGUCCAGAGUCCCUCUGUGUGAAAGAUGGAUGAUUUCAAAAUUUGAUAAAGUAAAUAAAUAAAAACCUGCUUAUUAAAUAAUAGGUAAAAUGUUUGAAAAAUUGCAAACCCUUAAAAUGCAACCAUAAGAAAAUAGUUCUUUAUUGAGUAUUUCAAUAGAUCGUGAACUACAUAUUUCUUUAUGUAUCUUUGGAAAAAACCAAAAUCAGAGAACUCUUUAAAAAAAGGAAGUUAAAUUUAGAGAAGGGGCCCUGAUUGCUCUUGUAGUAGGAAUUGGCACUUCAACAAUUGGCAGGAAAUCUGCAUAGCUCCAGCCAUGAAGAAUAUCAUCUGUUGAUUUCCUUAAAGCUAUGUUCUGGUCUAGAAGUGGAGAUCAGUUUGGACCCUUUUUGUUUAGCUAGGUGCCAACCUUGCUAUCUUUGGGAGACCUAACCCACCCGUUUUAAUAUAACAAUUAAUUCAAAAUAUAGAUGAAUAUGAAUAUGAAAUAGUUUAAUUCUGCCAUAUGUAAUUGUCUAAAUAGCCACCAGGUGUCUGCAAUGCUCUACUGGAAGACUACAUAAUACAGCAUACUCUUUCUUCUCUGCUCAGCUGUAAAACUCCCUCUUGAUGCAGUUCUUAUGAAAAGUCAAACCUCUCCUUCCAACCCACCUGCCUACGAUUUCGAGCUGUUCCUGGAUAUCUAGCAGAAAUGUCUCUAGAAAGAAGUUGGGUUGAAGGGGGUAAAGUAGUCUUUGCCAAAAACCAAGCUCAUCUAUUUACAUACAUAUUUCAGAUUAACUGUACUGUUUCUUGAAUAACCACCUAGAAGCUCCUUUCUUGGAUUACUUCUGGACUGAGACAGUUAUCUGGUAGCCACGGACGUACCUGGAGCACUUGAUCCAUAUGUCUUUUGAUAACAUGCCUCUGUGUCCUUCUGAUUAGGCUUUUGACAGUGCAAUCCAAAAGAAGAACCUGUCGGCUAAGGCGACAGGCUAGAAAGCGAGAAACGGUGAGUUCAAGUCUCCCCUUAGUCAUGAAUGCCAGCUGGGUGACUGUGGGCCAGUCAUUCUCUCUCAGCCCAACCCCCAACAGGGUUGAUGUUGUGGGGAAAAUAGAAAGAGGAAGGUGUGUUGGAUAUGUUCUCCGCCUUGAGUUAUUUGUAAAAAUAUUAAAAGCGGGAUAUAAAUAAUCAGAUAAUGAAAUAAAGUAAUUCAUUUGUCAAAGCAGCUCUUGAGAAAUCUAUGUUGAUUACUACUUAAGAGAAACAAGCUUUUUGACUGACAAAAGGGUUGCUUUCACCAACACAACGCCUUCCAUAUUUUGCAGUGCAGUACAGAAUAAUAAGGGACCUAAAAGGAAUAGGACAGAAAAUUGAAGUUAGGUACUGCUUCCAAGCUGAUGGCUCUUUGUACUGGCAACUAUUUACUUCCUUAUGCUAUUUUUGGGGUGAAAGAAAAGGCCAAUAUCUUGAUGGAAAAAACAUGGCACGUAACAAAUGUACGAGAAAAUUGUCUAAGCUCUGUAUAAAGGUUUGUAUACAAGGAAAGGCAAUUGAGUAAUACAUUAUUUCUCCAGAAGUAUUCCAGGUUUCUCCAACCUAAGGGCAGUUCUCUUUAAGCUGUGCCAUACUGACCCAUUUAUCUUACAGUAUUUUGAAAAAUAAUGUAUUUUGUAAACUAGACAAGAAAAUACAGAAUUACAACAUCUUAAUAUGACCUUUGGUCUCUUAGUGACAAAUGACCAUUUUUUCAUAAGAUUGCAUGACAGUUAUUUCAUCAGAUGUAGAAAAUGUGUUUCAGUGUCUAUUUGGUAGAUAUAAGAAAGAGAAAGAGCCCCUUAUUUAAACAAAUCUAAAUCUAACAUUGGUUUCUGCCUUAAAACAAUUUAUAAAAUAUAUAGGAAAUUGUAAAUUUGGGCCAGUGGAUCAAGACCAUGGCUUUAAAAUCUUCUCCAUAUGAUUCCUCCCAUUUGAAUUCUUCCAGCGGUCUUCUGUUAUUCCCAUGGUUAUCUAUUCUUUUAAAUAUAUACUGUAGAAUAGAUUUCUAUGUUGCCUUUCUUACAGAAGCUCAAGGAGCUAUUCAUAAUUCUCCCUUCUCCAAUUUUUCUCCACAAGAAUAACCCCAUGAGUUGUUUGGGUUGGAUUGAAAGCUGGUGGCCCUGUCCCAUCCACAUGCUUAACCUAGUCACAUCUUCUUACCAGCAGUUCUGAUAGUCUACAAUCACAGUAACUGGGUCAAAAGUUUUUGUUUAGGAAAUGCAAAUUCCCCACUUACUUCUUCAGGAACUUCCUGCUAUCCCAUAAGCACUUGUGUCAGGAAACUAUUAGCAAAGUUCACUUUAGCUGACUGUGUUCAGCAGGUCAGCGGUUCAAAUCUCACCGGCUCAAGGUUGACUCAGCCUUCCAUCCUUCCGAGGUAGGUAAAAUGAGGACCCAGAUUGUUGGGGGCAAUGUAAAUAUAUAUAUACAUUGCUUACUGGUGUACACCGCUUAGAGAGUGCUUGCACUUAAAACGGUGUAUAAGUCUCAUAAAUAAAUAAGUCUCAUAAAUAAAUUAUAUCACUAGGUUCUUCACUACUGGCCAGGUAGGCAGUUCAGUAAUAGAUGUGGCUUAGGUUCUGUUCUGUGCUACCAAGCCUUAGCAAUGGGUAAUGAGAAAUAUUAUUUUAAUCGGCUCUUCUUUCUUUCCAGCUCUUUUUCUUGAAGACUAGUAGCAAAAAACAGAUUAGGUAGAGUUUAGUUUAGCUUGCCCUAUCCCAGAUAGGUUUUGAGCUAAAAAAUGUCUAGAACAACAUAUCUAUAUCAUUGGCCCACUAAGUAUGCACUGGGGCCAGUCCAGUAGCUGUCCGAGAAUCACCCCAUGUUUGUCUCUGGUUGAGGAUGGAGUUUCUGUUUUAAAUCCUGGUUAACUCCUAUACCACAUUGGCUCUCACAUUGGCUCUACCUUUCUUGGUCCUGCAGCAAAACAUGUUUAACUGAAUAAUGGGUGUAGACGAUGGGGUUGUCCUGGUUGUCAUACAAAUGCACAUAGAUUUGGGAAGGGGUUAAACACCCAGAAGGAGCCAGUGUGCAAACUGUGGAUUCUCCUAGACCAGGGAUAGGCAACCUUGGCUCUUUUAUGACUCAUGGACUUCAACUCCCAUACUGGCUCAGGAAUUCUGGGAGUUGAAGUCCACGAGUCAUAAAAGAGCCAAGGUUGCCUACCCCUGUCCUAGACUCAUGACUCCUGCUCAAAUAGCAGGUGGAAUUUGUGGCUACAAAAGUUUUCACACAAUUUCAUGUGGUGUACCAAUUGAACCUCACAUGCGCUCAGUCACUCACAUCCUGGUCAUCCCACAGUUGGAUUAUUACAACAUGUUCUAUAUGGGGCUACUAGUAGUGCCACCCAUCCAAAAACUAAAGACGACAAGCCUCCAGAUCCCAAGGCUCUGCAUACCCACAUCACUUUGUCUUACCAGGGUUCAGUUGAGGCUUGUUGUCCCCCAUCCAGGUCCCCAUAGCCUCCAGGAACAAUGAAAGGGCAGUUACAGCAUCAUUGGGUCACCAGGAUGGAAAUGUAAAGCUGAGUAUCAUCAACAUAUUGACGAUAUCUUAUCCCAUGGGGUUGGGAUUACAAUUAACUAAAAUAGUAAUUGAUAGUUAAAUUAAGUACAUGAAUAAUUGAAACACAUGUUUUAUUUUUGGAAAUGGCAAGUCAAAGACCUUCUAGAAUGUAGAAGAGAGGCAUUGGAAGAUAGGACAAUUUAUUUCAAUGUAAAAUGGUUUCUUUAUAGUUCAUUUUUUCUAAAAAUUAAAAAUAAAUGUUUCAAAGCAAAACAAA